CGCCGCCAUGAUGCUUGUUUGCUUUCAAUGAGUGUGAGAAGGAGGCGGAGGAGGAAAAGGAGGAGGCGGCGAAGAAGGAGGCGGGGGGAGCCAGUUCUCCUGUCCGGCCCGCGGCAGGAAACAAAGAGCCAGGCAGGCAGCGCAGAGACGGGGAUGCUGCAGCUACAGGAAUGCCCAAAGAAAAGUACGAUCCACCUGAUCCACGGAGGAUGUACACAAUUAUGUCCUCGGAGGAAGCAGCCAAUGGGAAAAAAUCACACUGGGCAGAGUUGGAAAUAAGUGGGAAAGUAAGAAGCCUAAGUGCAUCCUUGUGGUCACUGACCCACUUGACAGCUUUGCAUCUCAGUGACAACUCCUUAUCCCGUAUUCCUUCAGACAUUGCCAAGCUUCACAAUCUGGUAUAUUUGGACUUGUCAUCUAAUAAAAUCCGCAGUUUGCCAGCAGAGCUCGGAAACAUGGUGUCACUCAGGGAACUCCAUUUAAAUAACAACCUGUUACGAGUUCUACCAUUUGAGCUGGGAAAACUGUUUCAGUUACAGACAUUGGGUUUGAAAGGAAACCCACUUACACAGGAUAUUCUGAAUCUCUAUCAGGAACCAGACGGAACAAGAAGGCUACUGAAUUACUUGCUUGAUAACCUGGCAGGUACUGCAAAAAGAAUUUCAACAGAACAGCCGCCUCCUAGAUCUUGGAUUAUGUUGCAAGAACCAGAUCGAACGAGACCAACAGCUCUGUUUUCUGUGAUGUGUUACAAUGUCCUCUGUGAUAAAUAUGCUACUCGGCAGCUAUAUGGCUACUGCCCGUCAUGGGCGUUAAACUGGGAAUACAGGAAAAAGGCUAUUAUGCAGGAAAUCUUAAGCUGCAAUACUGACAUCAUAAGUCUUCAGGAGGUUGAAACUGAGCAGUACUACAAUUUCUUCUUAGCAGAACUGAAAGAACGUGGGUACAAUGGAUUCUUUAGUCCGAAAUCUAGAGCUAGGACAAUGUCUGAACAAGAAAGAAAGCAUGUUGAUGGUUGUGCAAUAUUUUUCAAGACAGAAAAGUUCACCUUGGUUCAAAAGCAUACUGUUGAAUUCAAUCAACUGGCUAUGGCAAACUCAGAAGGAUCUGAAGCAAUGCUGAACAGAGUAAUGACAAAAGAUAAUAUUGGGGUUGCUGUGUUGUUAGAGCUACGAAAGGAAUUAAUAGAAAUGUCAUCUGGCAAGCCACAUCCUGGAAUGGACAAACAGCUAGUCCUUGUAGCAAAUGCACACAUGCACUGGGACCCAGAGUAUUCUGAUGUGAAGCUAGUGCAGACCAUGAUGUUCCUUUCUGAAGUAAAGAACAUAAUUGACAAAGCCUCUCGGAGCCUCAAGCCUGGUACUUCGGGAGAACAUGCCACGAUUCCACUUGUACUGUGUGCAGAUCUGAAUUCUCUACCAGAUUCUGGUGUGGUUGAAUAUUUGAGCACUGGUGGCGUGGAAACAAACCACAAAGAUUUUAAGGAACUGAGGUAUAAUGAAAGUCUCACCAACUUCAGUUGUAAUGGGAAAAAUGGAACCACCAAUGGAAGGAUUACUCAUGGUUUCAAGUUGAAGAGUGCCUAUGAGAAUGGCCUAAUGCCUUAUACAAAUUACACGUUUGAUUUCAAGGGUAUUAUUGACUACAUCUUCUACUCUAAACCUCAGCUGAAUAUUCUUGGCAUCCUGGGACCUUUGGAUCAUCAUUGGCUAAUAGAGAACAAUAUAAGUGGCUGUCCACACCCACUUAUUCCUUCUGACCACUUCUCACUUUUUGCACAACUGGAGCUGGUGCUGCCUUUCCUGCCUCCGGUAAAUGGAAUCCAUCUGCCUAGCAGGAGGUAGUCAAGUACAUUUUAGAGGGCAACCUCAAUCGAAUUUGUAAAAUUGUAAAAUCUGAAUAUAGAGGAGUGAGGUAUGGCCAACAGGGAUCUUUCGUAAUGAUCUUAAUUUUAAAUCUAAUUAUUUGAUAAAGAAAUAGUAAAAGCCAGGUGCUAUCAGACACACAAUUCUGAGCCCAACUUGCUUUAUAUACUGUUAGACAGGGAUUGGUGCAUUUGCACCUUUCUUAGAUUUGUUACAAGUAAUUUGUUUGUUCUAUCCAAUGUAAUAUUUCAUGCCUUGAAAACAUAGGGAAUUACUAUAAUAAAUUCUCUUUUGCACAGAUAUCUGUAGCACUACUUUUUUGAGGCCAGUAGUAAAACAUCAAAAGACCAUUCUUCCAUACUUCACUCCCUUCUUUUUCAGACUUGUUUGUUUGUAAAAUAUAGAAUUUGAAUUUAGCCUUUAUUGAUUGUAUAUGAACAACAGAAAACCUGAUUUAUGAGAUUUUGUACUUUAAAAAAAAAUCAGAUUUGGAAAAUGAUUGUAUUGUAAACUAAGGCUAAAUUUUUAUCUGUUUCAUGUGUUAUAAAGGCCAGCUUGUAAAAGAAGCUGCACCAGGCUUUCUCUGCUAAUGAUUUGCACUGUUAGGGUUUUACGCCCUUAUGUACUACUUCAUUUUUUAAAUUGAGAACACUGCUUUUAAAUUUGAUAAAAACCAUAGCAAAUUCCUUCCAGCUAGUUAACCUACGUGCAUUUCUUAAUUUCUUUUAACUUAAACAACAGAUCAGCUAAGCAGUAAAUGAUUAGGCUUUUGUGUAUUGAUAGCCCUUAUUAAGAUAUACAUUCUAACGUUUUUCUGUCAGAAGGGGAACUGCAGAACAUUGUGUACAGCUUUUUAGUGUCUGUGUUCAGUCACCCAUUCUCUAGCUCCACUGUGCCUGCUUGAUUUUGUUCUCAAUUAGCACUGCCUGUGCAUGCAGAGAGAACCUGUGCAUCCUCUUUUAUUUUUUUAAAAUAAUGUUAACAUUUUGUGAAAAUUUUAUGAAGAUACUUUUGUAUAAGCUGUGGCAUCUAUUUUUUUUUCCUUUGUGAAGCGUUGAAUAUCACUUUUUGAACAUGUUCAGAUUGUGGGUACACAAAUGCUAAGCUUCUGAUACCCAUGCACUGCUUCUUUCAAUGUCAUUGCACAAUGCUGUGUGUUUUUGUUUCUCUUCCUCCCCCCCCCCCAUACUAUCAUGUGAAUUCCUUUUCAAUUUAACCAUAUUCCUCAGUCAUUCCUCAGUCAUCAUUCCUCUAAGAUAAAGUGUACCGUCUUCUGUUUUAUGAAGCAGUGUAACUAGACAUGCGUUUUCAGUACAGGUUCCCUAGACAACACUUCAGAUCGAUCAUUAAAGUGACCAAGUCCUAUUCUAUAAAGUGUCAACAAAACUAAGGAUGUAGUGUACCCUCCUAGUGCCAUUAGUGUUUGAAAGCCAAGUGUGUGUGUGUGUGUGUGUGUGUGUGUGACACACGCCUGCGUACACACACACACACACACACACACACACGUGUGUGUGUGUGUGUGUGUAUGUAUAUGUGUAUAUAGAGUCCUAAAAGGGAAAUUCAGUCUAAUCCUCCGCAAACAAUACCUUCAGUAAUCUGUUUCAUAAUUAGAGAGAGAACUUGGUCAGAGUGCUUUUCUUUCAACUGCAGGCAGAGAAACAAAAGCUUACUCUUGAAUUGAACAAUUCUGAAGAUAAUGAUUUUUUUUUUAAAAAAAAAGUCUUAGUAAUUGAAAAUUUUAUAAAGAGAAAAUUAUCAGCAUUUAGAAGUGCUUAACCAUUUUGUUUUAAAGAGAACAAUAAAUUCGCAAUGAGUUCAUGUUUAAAAAACGUUUUAAAUUUUCUGUAGAAAAGAUCUAGAUCUUGAAUACUUGUCUAGGACCUGGUUUUUCUUUUGUUACUUGUUUUUUUUAGUUCAAACACCAAACAUGUCCAGUUUAUAAUCAGUACAUCGGAAUGCUGGUAAUAAUUGAUGUAGUAGAUUCAAUGAGUAGUGUUGCUUUUCUGUUCUUGUUUUUUGGGUUUUGGGGUUAUUUUGUAAAAGUGUGAAUAAAAAGGUGUUUUACUCAUGUUUCCUUAACAAUGUGUUGGUAAUGUGCAUCAUGACAAUUUUCAGUGGCAAUGGAGCCAAUUUAGCUUGUCAUACUCAACCUAUUUUGUUUCCUGAUUAUCUGGGUUAUUUAAUAGACGUCCAGAAAGCUUUAUGGAAGGGAAGCACUUAUUCAUUUUAUAUUUCUUAGAAGGAGUUAAUUUUUCCUUUUAAGCUGGAGCUUGAGUGCACUUGGUAAAUCCUAAAGGUUUUAGCUUUACACAUGCGUUUUCAUCUUUCUUUGUUCAGUCUUAAAAUAUAUAUAUCGAUAUAUGAAUUUAUGGCAGCACAUUAAAAUGUUAUGAGCCCAUUCAUGUGCUCAAGGACUCUGUUCUUGCCUGGACAUGUUGCAAUCUAUGGGCAGCUCAAAUUACUUUUCCGUGUUUGGGGUAAUAGGAUUCUUGAAGUAUGAGAGCUCAGAAAAAUGGAUGGAUUUCCUUUGACAUCAAUGGACCUUUAGUCAGAUCCUACAGUAAUGAAUUGAAGCUCACUCCGAGAAACAUUCUGAAUCUUUGCAGAAUGAUAUAAGUUGCACCACAUGUGUCUAGCAGUCUUUUUCAGAAAAGUAAUACUUUUUUUUAAAGAGAAAUUUCUGCAUCAAACAAAUUCAGACAUUUCAUAAAUGAAUGCAAUAAACUAUCUGUCUUCACAAAAUGAUAAUUUUCAAUAACCUUAACACUUUAUUUACUUAAGGUGGCUUUGGAUGUUCCCAUAAUAUAUGUUCUGUGUUAUUAACAUAAUCACAUAUAUUUAAAAAGGGCAUAGAGUGUUGCUGGGCAUAAGGCUCCCUGUCCCCAUCUCCCAGUUUAAGCAAACUAGGUAUUUUAUCUAGCGGUGAUCACAUAUUGAAAAAUCUCAUAACUACAGCCUACAUAUUUAUGGUUGAUAAUUCUAAUACAUAUGCAUAAAUUCAAUUAUGGUGGAAUUAAGUGGGAAAUAUAAAAUAUUAGGGAUUCUAGGGUUUUAAGAUCACAGAGAAACAUCUCUAGGAAAUGUGUGUAAUUAUUUUGUCCCUUUUUAUUUGUGGGUUUAAAACAUUCAAGUCUGUGAAGCUAACCAUUCAAGAUGCAGACUUACGCCCACUGAUGUAAAACGGUUAAAAUUAUAUGAAUUCUGCUGUGGCUAAAAUGUAUAAUAGUAGAUUCAGAUGUCAAGUUCUCACUUCAUCCAUGGGGCAAAGAACUCAAAGACAAAAUAAUUGCACUACUAUUUUCAGCAAAAAUAAUCACACUGCAAAUUUUGCAGGUAAAAUUGACAGCUUAUGUAGUGAAUCUGUUUUUUCCCCAUCCAGCCUGACACAGUAUUUUAGUAUAUGUUAACUCCUGCUAUACUUUUUGGUUGUGUAUGCUUUUUUAAAAUGUAGGUAUCUUGGUAUGUUUAAGUAGUGUCUAAAACUUAGAUUCUUAGUCUCUAUUCACAGUACUUCUGUAUAACGUGUAAUGCACUGGACUAACUCUUGUUUACCAUAUGUGUAACAAAAAAAACCAGCACAUCAUCUGCACUAAGCUCAAAGAAUGUUGCAUUUGUCUAUAGGCAGCUCUUCAAUAUGAUAAAUGGGAAAUUGAAUAUGGUCUGAUGGUAAACAAGGGCUUUUACUGUUCUCUUCAGUGGAACUUUCUUCUUGGUCAAAUUUUAACUAGCUAGUAUUAUAUUUAUAUACAGGGUUGUCUUUUUUUUCUUUACCAAUGUAUUUUCCUACUCAUAGCUGACCAAUAAAUUCAAUAUCUGUUUCAAAUCUC